UGGAACAAGUAAAGAAGAGAAGGUCCCAAAUCAUCAUGGCGACCAGUGAUAAGGAAUUCGCUAUCGUUGUUUUCGGUGCUAGUGGAUUCACCGGUCAAUUUGUGGUAAGAGAGGUAGCAAAGAACUGCAAGGGAAAGUUUAAGUGGGCUGUUGCUGGUCGCAGUAAGGACAAACUGGAGAAGGUUUUGCAGGAGACAGCUAGCGAACUAGGUCAGUAUGUGGGGGAUGUUGGUGUUAUGGUUGCUAACUGUAGUGAUGAAGCUUCCCUCAGUACAAUGUGUUCUUCAGCAAAGAUUGUUCUGAACUGCGUUGGUCCGUACCGGUUUUAUGGGGAACCAGUAGUGAAAGCAGCAGUAGAAAAUGGGUGUCAUCAUUUGGACAUCAGUGGAGAACCAGAGUUCCUGGAAACAAUGCAGCACAAGUACCAUGACAAAGCUGUUUGUGCAGGAGUUCACGUUGUGGGUACUUGUGGAUUUGAUAGCAUCCCAGCUGACAUGGGCGUGGUUUUUACCCAAGAAAGUUUUCCAGGUGAACUGUGCCAUUUGGAGAGCUUCUUGACUCUGCAUUCUGGUCCUAAGGGAUCAAAGGGGCAUUAUGGGACAUACCAGUCAAUCAUUUAUGGCAUAGCAAGUGACAGGGAAGGAAAUCUGAAAAAGCUGCGAAAAGAAUUGUUUCCAACACCAAUGCCAAAGUUUGGACCUAAACUAGCCAGGCGGUUUGUAACUUUUGUAAUUUUACUUAUGGGUAUUACUUAUGGGUAUAAGUAUCGGUUUUAUGGGGAACCAGUAGUGAAAGCAGCAGUAGAAAAUGGGUGUCAUCAUUUGGACAUCAGUGGAGAACCAGAGUUUUCUCAGCACCCUAAGUUCUUCUCGUGUGGCUUUUUCUCGCAUGAAGGACCAACCAGAGAACAGGUGAGGUGUUUAAUAACAUACGUGGCAGCCGAAAACGGGUAUAAUAAGGCGGGUUAUGUUGCCACUCCUAUCUGCAUGGUACAGGCUGCGAUGGUGAUCCUGGAAGAGACUUUGCCAAACAGUGGAGGUGUACUUACUCCUGCUGCAGCUUUCACUGGAACAUCAUUGAUUGAUCGGCUCAAUGAAAAUGGUGUUAUGUUUUCAGUGCUAAGUUGCAAAGAAAGCGAAAAGUGAACUUGAGCACACCAACGACUGCUCCUAGGACAAAAGAAUGACUGAAAGGAAUAGAUAAGAACGUUCACUAUAUUUAGGUCCAAUGGUUCUUUUUGUGAUAGUCAGCAUCUUUAUCGUUAGAAAUUCUGCAAUAAUCUGGGGUACUAACAAGAGGAAAGUGAAAUUAUCCUAUCGGGAACAAAACGUGAUCGUACGAUAAAAGUAAUGAACAAAUUAAUAACUAAACACCUUCAAGCUUUUUCACUUGCUGGGGAAAAUAUGCUAUUUAGAGCAAUAGAUGGUGCGAUUUGUGAAUAAGUCGCACCAAUUAGAGUCAAUCAGAUUGAAAGGAUCAUCAGUAAUUUCAAAAUGAAUACAAUGAAUAUAAAAACACCUUUAUCUAUCCAUACA